AGCUCUGAGUUCAGUUAGUGUGUAACUAUGAAUGAUGAUGGACUUAAUACUUGUUAGCUUUGUUUUACAUUGUUCAUAUAAAUAUUAAUUGUAUUUUUCAUCGUUUUUGUGUAAAUUAAUUAUUAAGUGAUACACAUUUUGUUCGUAUGUGCCUAUAAUCAUUUGUUAUCUUAUCUGAGAAACUAUCGUCACAAAGGAGGAAAAUCAUUGGGGAGAUUCGAAAAUGUGGUCGAAAAAGAACAAAGAAAAAGACGAGAAAAAAACGGUUGUGAGGGCAAGUCAAACUCAAGUAACUCAAACUAGUCAAACUGUGACAGUUAGAACAAUUGAGCAACGAUCUCAGUACAUUUCUGUUCAUAAUAACAACAGUGGUACUAGUUCAAAUCCUAGUUUAUUGUCGGGGGUUUCAGACAAAUCAAACCUCUUGGCUCUUCCAAACCCUCCAAGAGCGAGGUCAUCAUCAAUCUCCAAUCCAGGGUUUACCUCAGAUGCUAAGCCUAUUAACAUAAAUUAUCAAAGUCCUUAUAAGCAUAAUUCUCCCGUCUAUGGUGGUACCAACAUUUACCCACCAUCAAGAGCUUUGUCAAGGCCUGUCCAAAACCAAAAUAAUUUCAACCGAAAUUCUCCCGCUUAUAAUAGUUUUUUUCAAUCCUCACGACCCCAAACAGCUUUGCCCCCAGUUUUGCCGGGAACCGUCCAAGAAACUGGCUCCAAAAAGAAAAAAUUGGUAGUAAAAAAAACCGGGAAAUUUUACGACGCCGCUUGUGUAAUUCCAACUUAUGAAACCCACUCAAAAAACCGGGGAGAAGUCCUAAUUAUAAACAACAUAAUGUUUAAAGAUAAAGGCUAUCGAGAGGGGGCCAAAGUCGACCAUGAAAAUCUCAAAGAAUUGUUCAAACAAAUGGGAUUUAAAGUAACAUUUGAACGCGAUUUGAAAAAAUCGUCCAUGGAAUCGACCAUCAAAAAUUUCAGUAAGAAAUCCUCACUGAAGAAUGCAGACAUCGCAGUGGUAGUCGUAAUGAGUCACGGCACCCGAAACGAGACUCUCGGAGGCACGGAAAUUUUCGGUUUGGACGAGAAGGGCAUCCUCGUUGAUGAUCUCUUGGAUUUUUUCAACGAAGAAAAUUGCAAAUAUUUGAAAGGCAAACCCAAAAUAUUCAUUUUUCAGUGUUGUCGUGGAGACAACGAGCAAUUUAUUGAAAGUGAUGCUACUCGCAUCCCAAGUAGAGUACCAGUUCUUGCCGAUGCCCUUAUCGCUUAUUCUACUCUGCCAGGGUUUUUGUCGCAUCGGGACACCACUUCGGGGACUUGGUACAUCAGUACUUUGUGUGACGUGUUCAGCCAGCACGCUCAUGAAUACCACGUCGAGGAUUUGUUGAAAAUGGUCGAUGUUCAGUUGACAACAAUAAAAGGCAGUGUGCGACAGACGACGCACUAUGAGAACAGGGGGUUCAAGAGGUGCUACUUGCAUCCAGCGUAAAAUGUUGAAGCUACAUUUUGUUUUAAGUAUUUUUUUUAUUCAACAGACGCAUAAAUAAUGCAUAAAUUAACUUAUUCCUAUUUAGAUCAAUUAUCAUACGUCAUGUAUUUUGUUUAUUGAAAAUUGACUGAAAAAAGCGGCUGUAAUUUUAUGUAUCAAUAAUUACUUUUUUCAUAAUUGUUUAGUGUGCCAUAAUAUUUUUAUAUUACAUAAAGUCAAAGUUCUUGUUCUAAAAAGUUAAGGCUGUGGCCCUGUGACCGUAUUUUAAAUAAUAAAACGUUUCGUGUUUA